GUCAUAUUUUUGCGACUCUUUGUUUUGGUGAUGACAGAUCGGCUGCAUCUUUAGUACUUACAUCGUUUUUUGUUUAUGAAAAUUAUAUACUUUUCAGAGCAGCUGAACUGGAUUCUGUUGUCAUGUUGGAUAGCUCACAAAAACAAAUCAACCUGCCAAAAUGAGAAAGUCGCAUAUUAAAAGGAAGUCACUCUUUAAACACUUCCUCGUGAAUAAACACUGUCCAAUCAUAUUCGGUGUGUUUGGGGCAGUUUUUCCUGAUCACUGAUAUUCAGCGUGUUUGCGGCAGGCUUUCUUCGGAGCUGGAAUUGUUUGAAAGGAUCAGAUAUGUUGAAUAUCCCGUCUCAGUCUUUUCCUGCAGUUGGAUCCCAGCAGAGAAUCACUCCGGCCGGACAGUCCAGAAACAAGGUGAUACUGAAGCCAGGCCACAGUCUCUUGGACUGGAUCCGACUGACCAAGAGUGGACAGGAUCUAACAGGACUGAGAGGAAGACUGAUUGAAGUGACAGAAGAUGAGCUGAAGAAACACAACACCAGAAACGACUGCUGGACGUGCAUUAGAGGUGUGGUGUAUAACGUGAGUGCCUACAUGGAUUUCCAUCCCGGUGGAGAGGCAGAGUUAAUGAGGGCUGCUGGGAUUGACAGCACUGACCUCUUUGACCAGGUGCACCGGUGGGUGAAUUAUGAGUCCAUGCUGAAGGAGUGCCUGGUGGGGAAGAUGGCAACAAAGACCAACCCUGCUACUCAAGUUCAGAUAUCAAAGACGGAGAAUGCUCAUGUGAACGGUCUGCCUCCUCCACCCUCAAGACUGGAGCCUUCGACUGCUGCUGCCCCCAUAGCCAAAGAUCAUCGCCCUCGGUAUGAUUGGUUCCAGACGGAUGCCACUGUCAACAUUGUUGUUUACACCAAACGAAAGAUUCCCAGCUCCGGCUGUGCGGUGGUGGAUGUGCAGGGUGAUACCCUUCGAGUUGAGAUGCUUUUGGGGAAGAUGUCGUACCUGCUUCACUGGCGCCUAUCCAGUGAAGUUCAAGGACAUGUUGAUGUCCAGAAAGCCCACUCUGUUGGAAAAGUUCAGGUGUGUCUGCACAAAUCAGUUAAAGACAAGUGGACACGAGUGGGACAACCACUUGAACUUCAUGAUUCGUUUAUUCAGAGUAAGGAUCGUGGCCUCUUCUACAGGGAAUGUGUGUUGGUUUCGAAAACAGCAGUCACACAUGACACACAGAUCUUUCGUUUGCAACUUCCUCCCUGUUCACGAUUGCAUGUUCCUGUGGGCAGACACGUCUACCUCAAAACAUCUGUUCAGGGUGCAGAUGUUGUAAAGCCCUACACACCAGUGGAUCACACUCUAAUGCCUCCUGCACAAUCCAGUGUGGAAAUGGGCUCAUAUAUUCAUCUCAUGAUAAAGAUCUAUCCUGAUGGAGUGUUGACACCUCAUCUUGCCAACCUUCCCAUUGGAGCUCCUCUGUCAGUAGGUGGUCCUGAGGGGUCCUUUAGUCUGCGUGUGCUGCGUGAUGUCACUCAUCUGUACCUGUUAGCAGCCGGCACAGGAUUCACACCCAUGACUCGUCUCGUACACCUGGCCCUACAGGACCUCACCUCAAUCAGAAAAACCAAGCUGAUUUUCUUCAAUCGACAGGAGAGGGACGUACUCUGGCGCUCUGAGCUGGAUGAGUUAUGUAUGAAAGAGGAAAGGUUUGAGGUAGAGUAUGUUCUUUCAGAGCCUGCAGACUCAUGGACGGGCAUGACAGGACAGAUAGACUCUCAUAUGCUGCAGAAAUUCCUGGAGAAACCAGAAAACUCCAAGUGUUUAGUGUGCGUGUGUGGCCCCGCUGCAUUCGCAGAGCUAGCAUUGCAGUUGGUCAGGCAGUUGGACUUCAGUGAAGAGGAGAUUCAUGCAUUUCAAGGAUGAUUGGAUCUUUGGAGUUUCUUUCUUGCAAACUAUCUCUAUGCAUAUCAAAUGCAAUUAUGACAUUGGCAAAAGCUGGCUGCUCUCUACAGACAGAGACAACUACCCAUACCAGCAACAGAAGCACUUUUUUCCCAGCAUUUCUAUUUGCGGCCCCCCCAUUGGCUUCACUGUCACUAAACCUGGCAAAUACCAGCUGACUGUUUGAGACUUACAACUUCAAGCUAGAUUGAAUAUUUCUUUGACUGUCCAGAAAUACAUGGAAAGUUUAAGCAAAACAACAGAAAAAUCAAAAGAGAGCCAUUUUGUUGCUGCGUCCUCAUAUAGCAGAUAUUCCGAAUGACCAAUUCUUCAGACUUGAAUGCAAUCCAUGGGCAAAUUAACAAUGAGCUAUUAUUAAUUACUGUUUGGACAUUUUGAUCUGACUGCCAAAUGAGUUUCUAGAAAAAUCAAGGUUUCUCAGUACAUUUGUACAGAACAUGUUCCAAUAUGUCAAAUUAGAUUUAACAAUUUUACACAAAAGUUAACUUCUUAAAUCUGAUUCCUGCCUCUGGGAUUAUUGUAGGUAAAUUGAAAUGUGGUAGCAUCCAAAAUAUCUACGCUGUAAAGUCAAAUGUCACAGGUUUGAUAUCAGAUUAGAGGGUAAAUGGAGAGAUCUAUUUGUACUAGUAACUUUACUGUAUGUUGCUUUGGAUAAAAUGUUUGAUAUGUUAGUUAACCAAAUAUUUAUUUCUAGAAGAAAAUUAAUUUUAAUAAAAGUUCACGAGAUCACAAAUAUUGACGUCACAC